CAGUUUUAAUUUACCUCCUUGUCGCUGGGUAGGAACCUGUGGUUGUUAGUCAUAACAGAACUGUCGCUCAAAACUGCAUAGGCAAUUAAGCAAACAUAUCCAAACAGAUUCAUGGAGCCAGUAGUAGUGACAACAGGGGAAGAUGAAGCCAACAGUCCAAAGAAACUUGAUGCUGGAGCUCUAUUUGUGCUCGAGUCCAGAGGGUCAUGGUUGCACUGUGGAUAUCACCUGACAACCUCAAUUGUAGCUCCUGCACUCUUGAGUCUUCCCUAUGCACUUUCUUUGAUGGGUUGGUUUGCCGGCGUUGUAUGCCUCACUGUUUCGGCUCUGGUAACUUUCUAUUCCUACAACCUUCUGUCCUUGGUUUUAGAGCACCAUGCUCAACUUGGUCAGCGCCAGCUUCGUUUUCGCGACAUGGCCAGGGAUAUUCUGGGACCAAGAUGGGGAAGAUAUUUUGUAGGUCCAAUUCAGUUUGGCCUAUGUUAUGGUGCAGUUAUAGCUUGCAUUCUUUUAGGAGGACAGAGCCUUAAGUAUAUAUAUCUGCUCUCUUCUAAUUCAAGGCCAGAGACCAUGAAACUCUACCAAUUUGUUAUCAUAUUUGGUGUCCUAAUGCUGGUAUUGGCACAAAUUCCAUCCUUCCACUCCUUAAGGCAUAUCAAUCUUGUCUCUCUGAUCCUUUGUCUUGCCUAUAGCGCCUGUGCCACAGCCGGUGCAAUAUACGUUGGAAAUUCCAUGAAUGCUCCUAGGAAGGACUAUUCCUUAAAUGGAAGCAAACAGAAUCGUGUUUUUGGAUCCUUCAAUGCUAUAUCGAUCAUUGCUACCACUUACGGCAAUGGUAUUAUUCCUGAAAUACAGGCAACUAUAGCACCUCCGGUCAAAGGGAAAAUGUUCAAGGGAUUAUGUGUUUGUUAUGCUGUUGUAAUUUCGACAUUUUUCAGUGUUGCUAUAUCAGGAUAUUGGGCAUUUGGUAAUCAGGCCAAAGGUACAAUUUUACUCAAUUUUCUAGUUGAUGAGAAGCCUCUGUUGCCAACUUGGGUUCUCCUGAUGACCAAUGUCUUCACCUUCUUGCAAGUAGCAGCUGUUAGUGUGGUUUACUUGCAACCAACAAAUGAAGUACUCGAACGGAGGUUUAUUGAUGCGAAGAUUGAUCAGUUCUCUGUUCGAAAUGUAGUGCCAAGGUUGGUUUAUCGAUCACUGUCUGUCAUGAUAGCCACAACCGUUGCAGCUAUGUUUCCUUUCUUUGGAGACAUCAAUGCAUUAAUCGGAGCAUUUGGUUGCAUUCCUCUUGACUUCAUUUUGCCGAUGGUGUUCUAUAAUGUUGUAUUCAAGCCAUCCAAGUACAGCAUUCUUUUCUGGGGAAACACAAUAAUUGCUUCAAUCUUUUCAGCAUUAGGAGUGUUGGGGGCAAUAUCUUCAAUCCGUCAAAUAAUUCUUGAUGCUAACACGUACAGUCUGUUUGCAAAUGUAUAGUGUAAAGCACUAGUAAUUUCCAGAACAUGAACUCUGAGUGUGAAGUCUACUCGAUAUGAAAAUUU